AUGCCUUCGGCCCCGCUUACAGGAGAGGUUGCAAGGUACAGCAGCCCUCUCUUCAUGUAUCGUCGUAUAUUAAAGAACGCUGCACCAAAGCCUGAGACUGUAUUUACCGCCAAAGACAACAGCAAGACGGCUUUUCACGUUCUGACACAGCGUCCAGGCUUUGGAAACAACCCAUACGCGGUGAGCCGUUGGUACCUCAAGGAGAAGGUGCACAGCAGUAAUAGAAAUCGCCUGGAGGGUCUUUAUGAAUGCGUGCUUUGCGCCUCAUGCACCGGCAGCUGUCCGCAGUACUGGUGGAACCGUGAACAAUUUCUUGGUCCCGCCGUUCUGCUACAAUCGUAUCGCUGGUUGAUUGAGCCUCUUGACCGUGACUACGAUAGCCGCGUCAAGAUGUUUGAGCAUGGCCCAUUGGUAAACUUUUGCCAUAAUAUUUAUAAUUGCAGUAUCACUUGCCCGAAGUUUCUUAAUCCGGCGUAUGCCUCAAAGGAAAUUAAGCGUAUGAGCUCACCCGUGACACCGCGUGUGCCACCUCCUUUGGACGCAACGAUAAUAAAGGAAUAG